AUGCCAGCGGCACAGCGGGCGAGGGAGGACGCCAGCAAGGCGGUGGAGCCGCGGGCUGUGCAGCCAAGCGAGCUACUCGAACCUGAGGUGAGGAUUCAGGAGCGGGGUGCUCUGUCGACGUUGCCGGAGCAGGCUGCCUUGCCGGAGCAGGCGGCCUCCCCGGCCUCCCCGGCCUCGGAAAAGGUAAUCGAAGACAGCGAGCCGGGUGCGCCUUACAACGACGCACUUGUGAAUGACUCGCCAGCGCUCGAUUCGCCGCCGCCGAUUGGGGUGGUCUCUCUGGCUGACGCACACUUUGAGACGGGCCGCAUGGUCCCCGAGUCCACGAUGGGAGGCGAGACCACGUGUAUCGUCUGCUUCACCCGGCCAAAGACGCACGUCGCGGUCCCCUGCGGCCACCACUGUGCUUGCGGUCCCUGCUCCGAGCGCAUGCAAGACGCGUGCCCUUAUUGUCGCGGGCCGGUCGUGAUGUGGAUGACCUACAGGCCUGUGUAG